CUUCAAGUGUGUUAAAUAGAGUCAAAAACCCAAGGCGAAGAAGUUUGGGGCAAAGAAACCCCACCACUAUGGUCUCUCUAUUGACUAUAUGCUGGUCUAGUCUUUGGCAGUUGCAGACAAGCAGAGCAGUCCAGUCAACUCCACCCCCCCACGACACGCCAACGAUCAAUCUUCUUCUACUUCCCAAUUUCCCACAAAUUUCCUUGCCUUCAAACGAACCCAAUACCAUUACCCAACACACCAAUCUCUCUUCUUUUUACGCUCAACCAAGACACCUCUCUCACUCUCUCUUCAACUGUUGUACUUCUAUUCUCCUUUCUCAAAUCUUUGCCUUCCAUCUUCAGUACCUGAAACCAAACAAUUAUAUAUUGUAUUAGUCCAUACAUGCAUACAUAUUUGUGAUACAAAAAGAACUGCAGAAUAUCUCCCCAUCAAGCAGCUAAAAUGAACAGGUAUGAGCACAGCACUCCUCUACUCCAUUUCUGCUUAUUUUUCUUCUUGUUAUGUCCUCUGGUCUUCUCUCAACUACCCUCAAACCAAAGAACCACCAUGAUCAAUAUUCUUUCUGAGGCCCUGAUCAACAACACAGAUUUAUCAUGGGACGUUACCACAGACCCAUGUUCAUGGAAUGGAGUUACGUGCACCCAUGGGAGCCUUCCCAUUACCGAAAUCUCUCUAUCUGGGUUUUCCCUCUCCUCCUCAGAUUUUCUACCUCUUCUUUGCCAGAUAGAUUCUUUGGUGAGUCUUGACCUCUCCAACAACAGUCUGGCCUCAAUCCCAGAUGGGUUUAUCACAGAUUGUGGUAAGAUUGGAGGGCUGCAGCUCUUGAAUAUUAGCAGAAACCGGUUAGAUGGUCCCCUGCCUCCUUUUCAUGGUUUUGUUGGGUUGCAGUUCUUGGACUUGUCUUUCAAUUUCUUGAGUGGAAACAUAGGUUUACAGUUAGAAGGAUUGGUUGCCCUGAAAAGUUUGAAUCUUAGUGUCAACCUUUUCAAUGGCCUCAUUCCUACCAACCUUGGGAAAGCUAUGGCUUUGGAGCAGCUUCAGCUCUCAAAGAAUUCCUUCGAACGUGGAAUCCCUGAUCAAAUCAUCGAUUACCAAAAUUUGACCCUGGUUGACUUAAGUGUAAAUAUGCUUUCUGGCCCUGUUCCUGAUAGAAUUGGAGACCUCUAUAAGUUGGAAGUUUUGAUUCUAUCUACCAAUAACUUAAGCGGGAAAAUCCCAGAAACCCUUUUAAGUAUCAAAAGCCUUUCACGUUUUGCAGCCAAUCAAAACAAUUUUGAAGGAACGAUUCCCAGUGGACUUACAAGAUUCCUCAGGAACUUAGACCUUAGUUAUAAUAAGUUAAGUGGGUCGAUUCCUUCAGAAAUAUUGUCACCAUCAAAUUUGCAGACGGUAGAUUUGUCUUAUAAUUUGUUAGAGGGACCGGUACCUUCAAAUAUAUCUCAAAACAUGAUCAGGUUGAGACUGGGAAGCAAUUUGCUUAAUGGGCCAAUCCCUUCUGCAGCAUUUGGAACACUUGAGAAAUUGAUGUACUUGGAGCUGGAAAACAAUAGGUUGACCGGGUCGGUACCUCCGGCUUUGGGUUCUUGCCGGAAUUUGAUGUUGUUGAGUCUGGCAGGGAAUAAGCUGAAUGGUGCAUUGCCGGGACAGUUGGGUGGACUUAGCCAACUUCAAGUUAUGAAGCUUCAGUCGAACAAGCUGGUUGGAGAAAUCCCAGUUGAAAUUACCCAACUACAGAAAUUAUCGACACUGAACAUCAGCUGGAAUUCGCUGAAUGGUUCAAUACCUUCUGCGAUUUCAAGCUUGCAAAGCCUUACUUUCCUGCACUUACAAGGUAACCAUCUCAGUGGUCUAAUACCCAACACCAUUGUCAACAUGGGCUCUCUGUUAGAACUCCAGCUUGGAGGAAAUCAACUUAGCGGUCAGAUUCCAAGGAUGCCAGUAACGUUGCAGAUUGCUUUAAAUCUCAGCACCAACCUCCUUGAAGGGCCUAUUCCAAAAAGUCUUUUACAACUUACUGCAUUAGAAGUUUUGGAUCUCUCAAACAAUAAUUUGUCAGGAGAGAUACCAACAGGUCUGACCCAAAUGGCAGCCUUGACAACGUUGCUCCUUUCUAACAACCAGCUCUCUGGAACUAUUUCAAAGUCAAAUCCAUGGCUUACAUUUGAUGCAAAUGGAAAUAAGGAUCUUAUUAACGCUACAAAAUCAAACACUCCACCAAAAUCAGCCAAGAAGGGAAAAUCGGUUACUGCAGCUUUGGCUAUUGGGUUUGCAGCUGCUCUUUUCGCCGCUGGGGUAGUCAUUGGCGUUGCUGUAUCAAUCUCAAGGCGCUAUUACAGGGUUAAUGAUGAACAAUCACAAUCAGCAGAAGAUCUCCCCCCUCCUCGGGUCCUCCAAGGCAAUCUAUUAACUGCCAAUGCGAUCCACCGAUCGAAUAUCGACUUCACCAAAGCUAUGGAAGCAGUUGCUGACCCAUCAAACAUCCAGCUGAAGACCAAGUUUUCAACCUACUACAAAGCCAUCAUGCCAUCUGGAUCAAGCUACUUUGUCAAGAGGAUUAACUGGAGUGACAAGAUAUUCCAGUUGGGCAGCCAUGAUAAAUUUUGGCGAGAGCUGGAGGUCUUGGGGAAACUGAGCAAUUCAAAUGUCAUGACUCCUUUAGCCUACGUUUUGACAGUUGACAAUGCUUAUCUUUUCUACGAAUUUGCUCCAAAAGGAACCCUUUUCGACAUUCUCCAUGGUAGCUCGGGAAAUGCUUUGGAUUGGGCAAGCAGAUACAGUAUAGCAGUUGGAGUAGCUCAGGGUCUUGCUUUUCUGCAUGGAUGCACCUGUGGUCCGAUACUACUCCUUGACCCAUCAAGCACAAAUAUCAUGCUGAAGUCCCUCAAGGAACCUCAGGUUGGAGACAUUGAGCUAUAUAAGGUGAUUGAUCCCUCCAAGAGCACUGGAAGCCUUUCUAUGGUCGCUGGUUCGGUUGGCUAUAUUCCUCCAGAGUACGCUUACACGAUGAGGGUAACGAUGGCGGGGAACGUUUACAGCUUUGGAGUCGUUCUUCUGGAAUUGCUGACAGGAAAGCGGGCCGUUAGUGAGGGAACUGAGCUGGCCAAGUGGGUCUUGAGCAACUCAGGCAAACAAGAUAAAUGGGAUCGCAUCCUUGACUCCAACGUCAGCAGAACAUCACUCGCCAUUAGAAGUCAGAUGCUUGCAGUCCUCAAGGUUGCUCUUGGUUGCGUAAAUGUAUCACCAGAUGCAAGGCCGAAGAUGAAGAACGUGCUGCGGAUGCUCCUCAAUGCAAGAUAAAAGCCUAGCCUCAUGGGAUGGACCGUCUUAGAAAUUGCAGUUCUAUACUCAUUUCCUACUAGAGUGUAUCUGUAAAAGGGAAAGACUUUUCUUUCCAUGCUAGAAUCGACAAACUUUUAAUUCUUUUCUCCCUCUCCCCCCGACCCCUUUAUCAUGUAUAAUAUAUAUAUAUAGCGAGUUUGGCUUUUAUUGACU